CAAUGAGGCUUUUAGGGAGGAUAGUUUUGUUGUGUCUGGUCGGGACGAUAAGUUGCGAGAAGGAGUCGACUGUUGAAAAGGCUUCACUUCACCUUAAUUUAGUACACUUACAUGUGUAAUAAUUAACCGUCCACUCUUAAAACAUGGAAAUCUGAUGUUUUCAGUAAUUUGGUUAUAAGGGAAGCUAACGGAUACAUAAUUGUUUCAGAUUCACAACAAUGAGGCUUUUAGGGAGGAUAGUUUUGUUGUGUCUUGUCGGGACGAUAACUUGCGAGAAGGAAGAGGAGGGCGACACUUCCAGCGCUUUUCUUGAAGCAGCUCAAGUUCUCUUCAGCAAUAAAGAUGCCGUGGGUGGUCUUCAAGGUGUGGCGAAUGCAUUUAUGCAAUCCGAUGCAGGAAAGCAGGUCAAUGAUAUGCUGACAGGAGGAAAAGCCAAUGGCGAUGGAAUCGGGGAUAUCAUCUCCGGAUUGGGCAGUCUUGUCACCGGUGCCAACAGUGGCUCAACAUUGGGUUCGAUUUUCGAAAGUUUAACAGAAUCGGGGAACAACAAAAGGGCCAAAAGAGACCACGGAGAUGAAUCUAGUGGAGGCAUCGAUUUUGACACCAUGAUUAAUCUGGCUAGCAUGUUCAUGGGUCAAAAAAACGCCGCUCAGGGACUCAUGGGACUUAUGCCGAUGAUCCUGCAGAACAUGGGAGGUGAUUUCGAAAGUUCCUCCAACGACAAGCAUGAUCAUUCUGGCCACUCUUGGUUCAUGCCCCCUGUUCUGGAAAGCAUCCAUGUUAUGUGGGACCAUUUCAGCAAUUCCGAAUUAGGACAGACCCUCUGGAAGAACAGCGGCUUGGCGAACAUUGUUGGGAUGAUGUCCGACGAACAUGGCCGCAUUCAGUACGAGAAAAUCAUGGAAAGCUUUGAGAAUCCCACUCUUCGCCGUCGAUGGAUCAAGUCUCUGACGAAUUUUGUCGCUGAAUGGAUCUCUCAUAUUUCGGAUCCAGCCACACAGCAACGAUAUCUGACGACGGUUCAGUACGUCGGAAACAGCUUCCUAAAAUCUCAGGGAUAUCCUAAGCCCGUAAUGUUCGACUCUACGAGACCAGCGGAUAGUCUCUCCAGAUUAAUCAACGCCGUGGCGAAAAGGCAUCUGAACAUGAAAAUAGACAGCUACAAGUACAUCAAACCUGCGGUAGCUUAUUUCCAGGAAUUAAUAAACCUUGCUUCGGAAAAGGGUUUCAUUAUGUCGCGAGUAAAUGCCAUGGAGCUUAGCAACAAACUAAGUGAAACCAUCAACAAUGAUCUCAUCGCACCUCUCCUUAAGGUUUACCGAGGUUACAAAUGGGCAACGAAGUCACCUCAAUGCGCUAGUCAUAUCUUAUGCGUUAUCAACAGUCAAAGUACAGAGGGUGAUAAUAAGAGCAUGUCCUCACUACGCAGUGGUUUGACAAAAUUGGCGAGUUUCCCAGCAGCUUGGGCCAUCAGCAACAAAACUGGACAGAAUUUCUGGACAUUGUAUGGAGCUGUUCAGGACAAUCAGAAAUGUUUUGAGAUGUACCCAGCGGACUGCACGGCUUUCCACGAAGAAGAAAUUAGAGUGACUACGGAAUAUGCUCAUAAUGAGCUUUAGUGCUUUAAUUGAUGAGCAGGAUUUUCUCAUUUGGGCGGAACGACAACGUCUUUCCAUCUUCACUACCCCGAAAGGAAUUAUCGUCUUUAGGGGGCUAGUGGGUUGUGAAAUGCGUUUUAAUUAACAGUAAAUUUAAAAGAGAAUUAAAUGGUACAGGAAAUAUUUAUCUACUGAGCUGUUUUAUUUCAUGAUUUAAGCAGAAUUAAAAGCAAAAGAGUUUUAAAAAGUUUCAAAAUGGCGGACUUGCGAAGGACGAAAAUUUCUGAUUUUUGUUUUCAUGACGUACAUAAUUCCAAGAGUAUAUAAUUGCAAGAUUGAAACAAAAUGUCAUCAACAGUACAUUUUAAAGAGAAUUAAAUGGUAUAGGAAAUAUUUAUCUACUGAGCUGUUUUAUUUCAUGAUUUAAGCAGAAUUGAAAGCAAAAGAGUUUUAAAAAGUUUCAAAAUGGCGGACUUGCGGAGGACGAAAAUUCCUGAUUUUUGUUUUCAUGACGUACAUAAUUCCAAGAGUACAUAAGAGUAAAUAAUUGCAAGAUUGAAACAAAAUGUUGAUGCUUUCAGAUACUAGGGGAGGAUAUUUAAGAACAAAUUACACGGCUCUUUGACGAUAAAUAAACUCAGACUUCAGUAAAAAGAGAAGUCAAUGGUUAAUACCUUUUCAUUGCUCUUUGUACUUGAAUUGUUGAUAUCUUUCGGAUGAAAAUUUUCGCUAAAAAUCCGUGCCAUCGGUUUUUAAAUAAUGGUAUUUAGUUUCAAAGAUCAGGUUAACUUUUUAUUUCGUACUUGCCGUUCCCCUGGAAUGAUACGUGAACAAAAAUCGAGAAUUUCCCUCCUCCACGAGUUAACUCUACUUUGAAACGAUAUAAACAUUUAAUAUAUCCAUAAAACAGGCCCGUAAGAAAAUAUUUCCUGUAUCUUGUAAUCCACUUUUAAAUCCACUUUAAUUAAAACGUAUUUUACAGCCUGUUAACUCCUUUAAGGAAUCGACCAAACGUGAGAAAAUAUUAUUCUCCACCCUGUUCAACAUUUCUUUUAUUCAAAAAAUGUUGACAAGACAAUAUUGAAGAGAUUACUUCCGUGACUGAAAUUAUUCUCAUAAAUUUUCCUGGAAUCGCGUUAUGGUGAAAAUGAUGGGUAGACAUUGUUGUUCUACGUUUUUCUGGCCGGUUUGUGCCCGCGAAAUGGGAAACUUGUUGACAAGUUUAAAGAAAAUAGUGUCGAGUCGCCAAAAAACGGGAAAGACCCCAUAUUAUCAGUGGUUAAGAAUGAAUAUGAAAUAUCUUCAAGCGUACUUUGAUCAUUAAGAAAUUGUAAAUAAAAUCAAUAACGUCUUCAUCCGUUUCGCCAAAAGAUCAAUCUAAUCCAUGUUUUUCUCACUUUUGUGCAGUGUUUAGGUUAAAGUUCGAUUAACCGAAGCUAAACGAUCGAAUUUCGCUGGUGCAGUUUUAGGUUAAAGUUCGAUUAACCAAAGCUACACAAACGAAUUUCGCUGGUUAAUCCAAACGGCGAUUAAUGGAAAUUAACCAACCGUUAAAAUGUGGAGGAACGUGCAACUCCUUGUAACCGAGGAUUAGUUUUUGACCGAGGUUUGUGGAACCGGGCAUUGAUAUCGUUGAUUUUUACCUCGUUUGUCCAUACGAAUGUGGAAAAAUGGACAGCACCGAAGAAUUUUGCACAAUUAUAAAUAUCCAAAAAGGUUUUCUCUUAUUCGUUAGAAAAGCUUGACCACAGAGUCGCGCAGGGGAAAAAAAUGAACUACGUACAAUUAAAUUCGCACGGCAGGGCCUAAUUAUGUUUACACUAGUGUUAAUUGUAGUACGAACUUAUGAUAGACGUUCAUGAUAUUGCAUGAUAUCGUCAGUGCAAUAUGAGGAUGAUUUCGUGGUGCUCGCAGAAAAAAUCUCGUAGUUCCCUUUUUUCUUUCACAGUUUAUUUCCAUAAUUAAUCAAUAGAGUGGUAACUUGUAAAGAUUCCGUUAAUAGGAAUAAUCGAUAUGCAUUAAAAGGCACGUUAUUUGCAAACGAUUUGCCUGCUCAAGAGAGCUACUCGUUUUGUCAGGACGGAUGUGUGAUCACGCUGUAAAAAUUAAUUAUUAAAAGCCACACUAUUUGAGAUCGAUUUGUGUAAUUAUAUAGAACGUGUGUAAAUUUGCUCGUGCUUGUGAUUUGAGUUUAACGCUAAUCGGUAUUAUUCUUAGAGAAAGAUGUCAUGUUACGUCAAAUUUACAUCGGUCAGAUGUUACAAUUGCAUCGCUGGAAUUCAGAUUAAAAUAUUCCAAUUAGGUAUCGCUGGAAAAUAUUGGAAGUGGUUAACGCCAAUUAUUUAAAUACUCAUCUAAAAUGUUGAAUUUGAAAGCGAACUAGUUUCGCCUGAUUCGUUAAUGUUUUACGAGAAAGCAAUAUAUUGCUCAUUGCAAGUGAGCCGUUAAGAAUGAUGCAAUACGUUCCAUUUAUCACAAAAAUUAAAAAUAAAGUCUACAAAAACUGUUAGUCUAAAUAAGAGUAAAUAACAAAAUGAAACGAACUCUGACAAUUUUAACAUUGAUUUAAAUCAUUGGUGUUGGCUUUCUCACUAUCUCUUCCGCUUUGACUAGAUUAACUGCGAAAUAUCGCAAAACAAUCGCAUGAAGAUCGUCCAAUUAAUCAUUACUCAAUAUCGAGGAUUGAUAACUUUGAUAAUUCAACUUAAAAAUUAAUAUGCAAUACUUUGCAAGUGGUUUCUAUGUAAUGAAUCCAAGUUUUACUCGUUCCCAUCGUCUAAUGGGUUUGCGCACUUAUGUAAAUGCGGUGAUUGUCGACGUCGCCGGGCACAGUAUCGAUAAUGCAAUUUCCCAGCUCUAGGUCUGUAAAUAUUAGAUAAAAACCGAAUAAAGUGUUCGUGAAAUGUA